GCGUUGGCUGCUGCGGGGGGUGGUGUCGGCGAGAUGCCGGAUAUCGCGUCGCUGUUUGGCCGGUAUGGGACAGAGCAUGCUGCGCUAUCGCGGGGGAAGGAGUCGACAGAUCAUGGCUGGUUUUCUCCGAUCUACAAGGGUGGUUCUGGGGGUGGUGAAUUCGUGGACUUGCAAGACGCAGAUUCAGACGCUGUACACGCCAACGCCAGCCUAGACUCGCUCGAGAAAAAUCGCCCCCCCGAAAAGCUCCCCUUCGAAAGGCUUCUGCGCAAUUAUAUCAAGGAUGAAGACUGGACGUUCAAAGAUAUGAGGGGCAUCCUCCGCCGGCUACGGAUCGAUCUCCGGCAGGAUCCUCGGUACAGCCGGCUGAUUCUCACGGAGAUGCUGCCCUCCGCAGUGCGAAACUUCCAGGUCGCUCUCAAGGUGGCUGCCUUCCUCGGCGACCCGUCGUUGAAUACGCCUGGGUCUGGCAACUUCGUCGCCCUCAUCGACCACCUGGCCGAUCUUCCCUCCACAUCGCACGCGCGGGGGAAGCUGUUCCAGGCGGUCACCAGUGCUCUGAAAGUUGGCCUUAUUCCUGUCGAGGAGAUCCAUUACAUCGUUGAGACGCUCCCGCGCAUCCCGCACACAGAUCGCGUCCCAUCGCACAAGGAGCUGCGAAGCACCGUGCGUCGGUUACGAGAUAUGUGGCAUGCCAUCGGCUCUUGCGAGGUCCUGAGUCAUAAGGACCUCAGCCCUUCGACUGUCGAGACCUGGCUUGCUCAGCUGACGGCGAUGCUGCCUUAUGACCAGGCCAUGCUAUUGAUCGGAGACAUCACUACGGGAUAUCCUGGUCUCAAUGCCGCAGGGUCCUCCUGGGUGUCUGCGUUGGUUAUACAAUGGCUCGACCUGGCGGCCAAGUCGGACAUGAACGACACAGUCAUCAGAGCUAUCCAAGAGCUUCUGAAGCAUGAAAACGCGGAUGUCACGGCAGGCCAUUUGAUUUCCACGACCGAACAACUCGCCCGCUCAGACCAUAGCGGCGAAUAUAAACGACGACUGCUGGACGUCUGGCAGAACGUCAUUGCCCAGAUGCCACACACUCCAGAUCUUUUCCUUUCGCCGCUUUGGAAGAACGUGCCUGCCGUUGAAGGCCUCUCGCUGCAGCACCAGAUCACCUUGCGGUUGUGGGUUCUUCAAAGCUUCAGCGACCACCGUCCCACCUUUGUCAUGUCCGAUCUGUUGCACCUCUUCGUAUCGACCAUCGACAACGACAAGGCACACCACACAGACCUGUUCACCUUCCUGUUACGGGCGACCCGCGACCUCGGCCUCCCGGGCAACGGCCUGCUUGCUCUGUCCGUCGACCUGAUGGACCUCCUGGAGCGCGGCACGACCUCGGACCACGCGCGGGACGUGAUGCGCCGGCUCGAAUCCCAGGCAGCCUCCUUCUCCGAGGUGUUCAUGGACCUGCACGCGUACAACGCCACCCGCGCGUUCCUGUUCGGCAGCUUCGACGCCACCGUGUGCCAGAUGGACGUGACCAGCCCGGACUUCAUCGAACAGAGCGUCCGCCUCGCCCAAACGGGCUCCUCCACCGACGUCUGGACCCUCAUCCGCGUCCUCCGCUCCCAUACCCCGCUCAAGCUCGCCCUCUACCGUUCCUGGAUCCCCCUCCCUCACCCCGACGAUAUGGCCCUCGUCCGCUAUCACCCUCCCUUUCCCGCUCCAGGCGAGCACCCACUCUCCCAAGGCUGGUCCGUCCCAGACCCACACCGCGGCCUCGAGCUCAUCCACGCUUUGGCCGUCUCCUUCGCUACCUCGCCUCACCUUAGCCCCUGCCGCGCCUUCUUCCUCCUCCACCAGCUCUACCGAUACCUCGUCGACCACGGCGCCCCGCUCAGGCUCGUCUUCGUCCGCUCCCUCUACCACGCGGCUGUCGUGAGGUACCGUCGUGCCGGUUUGCCAGUUGCCCUGGCUCGUCUUCGCUGGGUGUAUACCAUCGUCGCUCAAGUCGAGGGCAAGGAUAUCACCAUGGCGCUGAAAGAGGGGCUCAUGUUGAAACCCCGUGAUGCAUAGUUUCUACACAGUAUAUAACCUGAAUAUAAUGCACUCACAUACUACAUUUAUAUCCGAAACUACGAGCCUGGAUAAGUACAAUAUCUAGUAGAUGCAGUAACUACUCUGUA